CAGUUUGGUCUUCAGCUAUUGAAACGAGAACGACAAGUUAGGUUGCACAAUUUUUAUGCGGGUCAGUCAGUUAAUAACCAGGAACCGCAGAAUUCUAGUAACAAACAUGUCGAUGAUAUUUCGUUGAUGCAUCUUAUUGAUUUCCAUCAGUUGGCGUGCCUACUAUUCCUUUUAAAUUGCAUUUUUGCUUCCAAUAAAUCACUGACCUACUCAUGUGCUGUUCAAUUAUUCCUAAUCCCAUCCCAGGUUGACAUUGUCUUGCCAAUGGGUAUGUGUCUGAAGGAAGCACACGAUAUUGGAGAAGAAUUGCAAAAGAAAUUGGAACGUCUGGAAAAUGUAGAGCGUGCAUUUGUUCAUUUGGACUACGAGUUUACACAUCAUCCGGAAAGCGAGCACAAAAUUGCGUAA